CACUGAAUGUGAGUAGCAAUGUCUCUUUUUUUUAGCCCCAAAGCAUGGAUCUGUAUGUUAAAUACAGAGCAGGAGCGUAAUGAGGGGACUGCCUGUACUGUAAACAGUGUCGGCCAUGCAUCUGUCACACUGACACACGCCUGCUGUUUGCAGAGUGAAGCUGAGUGGAAAGUUUAGAUUUCUAUGUCUUACUAGCAGGAGCAGCAUAGACCUCAGAUUGUGAGGCGCUGUUGAGGUUUUUUGAAGGAACAACAAACAACUUACUUGUAUUUGUGCUCACAUUUUAGCAUUUCUGUUGGUUCACACUGUGUUUGAGCCAUGAAUGACGUUACGAUUAAAAGAUACAUAUCACAGUUAAGGCACAAUCAUGGACAAAGCCAGACCCCUUAGGCCCCAGUAAAUGUGGCCUUGGUUGCUGUUUGGUCCUAUGGUAUGGAUUAAUAAGUACAUUUUCCACUGACCCUGAAUGACAGACUUCCUUUCCCAGUUUAGUAAGCAUUCACAGGCUCCCCAUUCAGGAUCACUAGAAUAUUCCUGGGAGGACUUACAGCAUGUCUGCCAUUUGUAGAGAGAUGACUGUGUAGAGCAUCUUCAUACUUUCUUUAAUCCCCUAUUCCUUUUGAGACAUAUGGUGUGUUUAGUGGCCUUACUUAAAAUUAUGUAUAAUAAUACCUAAAAUUGGUGCACAGUCACCGUUCAGCCAAGAUAUUUGUAAGCCUGUAUAAACUACCCAGUUCUGGCCAAGGAUGCGAAUUGUUCAUAUGCUGUUUUCUGGCCACUUACACUGCUGCACAAAGCAGAAAUAUAAUGUAGAUGCACUGGGCAUUGGCUUGCUGGCUCUGUGAGGGUUAAACUCACACAGGCUGCGCCGCUGGAGGAGCCUCACUGAAAUCAGCCCCUGCAGGAUCCCGUUCACAGUCACAGGCGCCGGCCAGCACGCACGCACUCACACUGAGAGCAGGUGAAGGAGAGGUACCGAGAGUAUCCCCGGGUACUCUCGAGAGUCUACUUGUUGAUUCGCCCCGGGAAAGGGUGGACGGGGCAGAAUGGGCACGAUGAUGUCUGAGUAACACAGUUAUGUUUUUCAACAUGUCGGUAGGUAGCUCAUGAUGCCUCCAUCAGCUCCCAGCAGAGCGCCUGGACGGACCUGGACGGAAAUAACAAGUUUUAACGCUUUUACUCUUGAAACGUUGCUGAUGUCCCUCCAUGAGGUGAAUCGGGAUAUACGGGAGAUGCCAACAGGAAAGGAGGAGGGACCCUGAUGCGGUCACCUACAGGACCAUGUCUUCUUAAUCUGCCAGGCUGUAUCUUCCAGUCUUUUCAAGUGACUGAGUGACUUGAGCGAAGAUGAUCAAAACGGGGUUGCGGGCGGCCACCUCGCUGCCGCCGGACACGAUGGACAUCAUCCGGAGCAAGACCCACACCCGCCGUGUGAGACUUAACGUCGGGGGCCUUCUCCACGAAGUCCUGUGGAGGACGCUGGACAGACUGCCCCGCACGAGACUGGGCAAACUGAGAGACUGCAACACCCACGACUCUAUCAUGGAGAUAUGCGACGACUACAGCCUGGAUAACAACGAGUACUUUUUCGACAGACACCCCGGCGCCUUCACCUCCAUCCUCAACUUCUACCGCACCGGAAAGUUGCACAUGAUGGAGGAGAUGUGCGCUCUGUCUUUCAGCCAAGAGCUGGACUUCUGGGGCAUCGACGAGAUCUACCUGGAGUCCUGCUGCCAGGCCAGGUAUCACCAGAAAAAGGAGCAGAUGAACGAAGAGCUCAAAAGAGAGGCCGAGAACAUGAGGGAGAGGGAAGGAGAGGAGUUUACCACCACAUGCUGCUCCGAAAAGAGGAAGAAACUCUGGGACCUCUUGGAGAAGCCAAGCUCAUCAUUUGCUGCUAAGAUCCUGGCAAUUAUUUCCAUUCUCUUCAUUGUGUUGUCCACCAUUGCCUUGUCUCUGAACACCCUUCCAGAGCUGCAGGACACAGAUGAGUUUGGUCAAGCAACAGACAAUCCACAACUGGCUCAUGUGGAAGCUGUGUGUAUUGCCUGGUUUACUAUGGAGUACCUGCUCCGUUUCCUCUCCUCCCCCAACAAGUGGAAGUUCUUUAAGGGUCCUCUGAAUAUUAUUGACCUGCUGGCCAUCCUGCCAUACUACGUCACCAUCUUCCUCACAGAAUCCAACAAGAGCGUGCUGCAAUUUCAGAAUGUCCGUCGAGUGGUUCAGAUUUUCCGGAUCAUGCGUAUCUUGCGUAUUCUGAAGCUGGCCCGUCACUCCACAGGUCUUCAGUCUCUGGGUUUCACUCUAAGGAGGAGCUAUAAUGAGCUGGGCCUGCUCAUCCUUUUCUUGGCCAUGGGCAUCAUGAUAUUCUCCAGUCUGGUUUUCUUUGCAGAAAAGGAUGAAGAGGACACCAAGUUCAAAAGCAUCCCAGCUUCCUUCUGGUGGGCUACCAUUACUAUGACCACAGUGGGCUAUGGAGAUAUCUACCCAAAAACUUUACUGGGAAAGAUAGUUGGGGGUUUGUGCUGUAUCGCCGGAGUACUGGUGAUAGCCCUGCCCAUCCCCAUCAUUGUAAAUAACUUCUCUGAAUUCUACAAAGAGCAAAAGAGGCAGGAGAAAGCCAUUAAAAGAAGGGAAGCCCUGGAGCGGGCAAAGAGAAAUGGUAGCAUUGUGUCUAUGAACAUUAAAGAUGCAUUUGGCCGCAGUGUUGAACUCAUGGAUGUAAUGGUGGAACAAGGAGGUGAACAGAAAGAGAAGGUGCAUGAUAAUCAUGUGUCUCCUAAUCUGCAGAAAGGGACACCCAAACUCAAGUCACAGACCAGCCACAGCAGCCCCACAAAGACCCUGGAGUCAAGCUACCAAGAGCAGGCCAAGCCAUCUAGCAGCCCUCAGCAUCUCAGUGCACAGAAACUGGAGGAGAUGUAUAACAAAAUGGCCAAGACCCAGUCACAACCCAACCUCAACAGCAAAGAAAAAGGGCUGCAGCCCUCAGCAGGUAGGCAGAGAGCUGAAUUUGAGAUGGGAAAUAUCCCCACUGAAGCCAUCUCAAGCACAGGGGAGGCAGUGACAGAUAUGAGGAGCAUGUCCAGCAUUGACAGCUUUAUUAGCUGUGCCACUGACUUUCCCGAGAGCUCUCGCUUUUCCCACAGUCCCAUCAGCAACGUGCCAGGGAGGGUCAGCACCAACCCCAGCUUGGAGCCUACCUUGGAGAAUGAGCAUGAAGGAUCCCAGGGCACCACUACACCCCUGACAGGACGAGGCACCAAGUCUAGUGCGUAUUAUGACAGCCCCAAGGGUGUGCGCUUCAACAACCCACGCCGCUCACUCAAGGUCAACUUCAGAGACAGUGAGGAUUCGGGGACAAGGGCCUUCUCAGACAGCUCGUCAGUCCAGAGCCCAGAGGUGUCCAUCUACACAACAGCAAGCAGCAGGACACCUACCAAGAGCCCAGAGAAUUUACCGCCCAGCAUCUUCACAUUCCAUGAUGCAUCCAUCAAUAAGUUCAUUGAUGCUGACACAGAUGAGGAGGAACACCUGCACGAUGGUUCGGGCACCAACCCAUCCCAAAGACUCCUGGAAAAAGCCAGCCCCAAGUUUGGCCAUCACGCCAGCUUCCAGCAGGGGUCCAACCACACAGAGGGCAUCCAGAGGAAGCUGGGUAACAGCACACUGCCGUUAGAAGGGCAGGAGAACCAUGUGGCUCAGGAACUACAGCCACUUCAGGGAGAGGAGAGUCACUCUAAUGCUUAAAGUUACAAUAUGUGAGAGACCACGGAGGAGACAGACAGGAAGGGAGGAAGCAAAAAAGAACUUCCCAAAAAUAUGAAAGGCACUGAUAACAUUUGCAGGAACAUUUAAAGAAUUACCAGACAAAAUACUUAUCCCAUGAGAGUAGAAUAAUUGUGGAAGAUGGGAAAGAUUUUUGUGUUCUGCUCUCAAACUUACUCUGACCAAGGACUCCUUAAAGAAUUUACUCAGCAGAGGAUUCUGAUCUAACAGGUUUUAAAAAUGGCAAGGAAUGUCCGUCUGAUAAUUUUUACUAUUUAUACAUUUGUUUUGCCCAGAUUAUCAUCUAAAAAUUACAACCUAGUUCUAAGAGUACAGAAUAUCAUUUUUAUAACCAAAAACCUAUUUUUCUGACACCCCUGGAUAAAGCCACUAGCAAAGGCUGUCCAAUCAGUAGCAAACCACAGAGGGCAUUGAAACGUGCCACUGCAAACUGGGAAACAUAUUGAAGUUGGGAUAGUUCGAGUAACUAUGUUGUAGUAUAAAGGGGGAACAUGCAUUUUUCUUUAAGUGAUGAUUGUACAGUGUAUAAUUAUGGCAUUACAAACAUGCUGGGAAAAUGUAUAGUUUGCUUCCUUUAACGUCCUUCCUCAAAACUGGCCUUAGUUCAUGUUCUCAGAUGUUUUACGUUUGUGUUUGUAUGAGUGAGAAACACAGGCAGAGGCACAGAGGGAGAGCACACAAGUGUGUGCAGUAAUUAUCCUUCAGUAUAUUUAUUGUUGUGUAUCGUUAUUGGUCUCUUGUCUUAAGCGUGAACUUGAGGAGAAUCAAGUGUUUCAGUCUGUUUCUUUUCAACAGGAGUUUAGUGUCUUGCUCGUCAUCAUUUCUUUUUCUUUUUCUUUUUUUUACUGCACAGCAUACAUUUAGACAACACAGAGACACUGUGAGGCUGCAUCCUUGGAUUUUUGUCCUUGUUCCCAUUGUGUCGGGCUGCUGGCAAGAGAGAGUACCUUAAGAUGACAGUUAUUUUUAUGAUGAACACAGAAAAAAAGAGGACCGUUUUUUUCUUGUUUGACCAUAUAUUUUGUUUGUUUCUAAAUGUUUGCGCGUGUCCCUCAGAUUGGUGUAAUCAAAAUUUGUUUUUGAAUCUGGAGAAAAUCAAAAAGUCUUACGCUAGUUCAAAAACUCUCUUAAAGGUGUGUCGGAGUUGUCAUUCCUAUUGUAGCUGAUAAACUUAACUUCAUAUAAAAUGACAGAGCUUAUGAGUUUCACUACGGCUGGAAAGACAGCACUGAAAAUCACAAAGAUUCUCUAUGUUGAACUUUCAGUUUUGUAGGAGUGUGAAUAUUGUACAUGUAAGACUACAACAGUAGAAUAUAACAAAAACACACAUUUAUUGUACAAGGUAAAGAACGAAAAUAAUUUAUAUUUUUAAGAUAUUUUCUAAAAGAAUGGACUCUUAGACAAACUAUAUUGUGCUAAUCUCAUAGUUUUGCAUUUCAAUUAUGUACUGCAUUAUUUUGAUGGAGUUGCAUUUAUUAGACAAUAUACUAUAGUAGAUAAAUUUGUAUUGUUUGCUACUGUCUCCCUGUUACUGUCUGUCCCUCUAUCCUUUGUGCAAUGUGAAGAACCAAAGAAUUGUUCUUUCUGAUAACUCAUACAGAUGGUAGUAACUUUUAAUGUUUUCUCUCAAAAUGUUAGAAAUUUAAGCAUUCCUUUUCUAAACGGCAGAAUCUGACAUAUUUCAGGGAGCCAUACUUGCUCGUUCAGUACAAACAUGUAAUCUGGAGAAUGCACAGAUGACAGGACUGGCAUCUGAGGAAGAUAUCUGUUGACAGAGGAUCAAAAAAAAAGAAGAAGAAGUUGGAAGGAAAAUGAAGAGGGAAAACAGAGCACUUUAUUUUACAGCCAUUUUUGAAAUUUAAUUUGAUUAUUUACACACUGUGGAUCUUGGCAAGUGGUUUGUUUUCAGAAAUCCAAAAACAUUAUGCUCGUGUGAGUUCACAUGACAUCUCUUCACGAACAUAAAGCCACCUCGCAGCUACCUACAGCUUGGCCACACAAGCAGCAUGGAGGUACAUCGUGUGUCCGUGGGCCGCUUUAGUUCAACCAAAUAUCCUGCAUCCUGCUUUUCUGUAUGCACCUGACUCCAAACACAUGACCAGUCUGGGUGUUGAUCAUCUGGUGCUCUCGUGCUCUUUGCUACAUUAAUCAUGCAAGCAUGUUUUUAUAACAUUAUUAACUCUACAACAUAUCAUGCAAGCAUGCAACAAAGCAUCUAUUUUAGUAGUGAAUCUUUAUGCUUAAAAAAGUAGUAUUUACUCUGUACGGUUGUUUGCAAUCAUUAGACAUAAUAUGAGUUAGAUAUUUCUGUGCCUUUGCUUUUAACAAACGCCCGCCCUGCACACUGUAUCUGUCGCUGUGCCCUGUCUAAUGGAGCCUGAAUGACAAUUAAAGAAACUGUACAGCAAAUAAACACAUGGAGAACUGGGUCAUCAUGCAACCACUCAUAUAUUACACAUCCACAACCCUUCCUCCAAUGUCUUAACACCUAAAAUGCACUAAACAUUUACAUAAAAAAAGGCCCAGUCCAAACAGGUGCAGACUCACUCAGUAGAGUGAACGACCACUGUUUCCAUGGUGAUGGUUGAGAUGACUGGAUAGCUCACAUUUGAUGCAAGCAAGUAGCCUAAUUUGUAGAGAUGGAGUCCUUAAAGACUCAAAUAACAUAUUUGAAAAUACGCACAGGGUUUGCAUUCUGUUCAUUGGUUCAUUCAUCUCUUUUUUUUUUUCUCCUCACCAGUGGCUUCAGUCUGCUGGGGCUUGGAUUAUUAAAGAAAUGAUGUAAACAGAACACUAGAUUUUGGGCCAUCAUUCCUUUAUGUCACCCUUUCUUUUUCAUAGAAACACGCACGCACUGCAGCAAAUUACAAAAGAAUAGAGAACAGCCCGACCGCCGUAGCGUAUGCCUGAAACUAAGGUGCUGCUGCUGCGAUGUAUAUGUUCACUUCAGCUGCUUAUUCGCGUGGAGAAAACGGGUGUGAGAUGUGAAUGGAAUAGGAAGAAGCAGCAUGUGACAGAGGGAGCAGUGCAGGCAGAGCUGUCAGCCUGAUUAAACCUGACAUUCCUAAUGAUGGCUGUAGCACUCUGCUCCCUCACCUCAUGUCCAACUUCAGCCCGAAUAACUUUUUCACUCAGACAACAUGAUCAUUCGAAACACUGUUUGUGAGCUCUUCUUUGCUCUUUUGAUGGAGUAGAGCAUUCCUCAGGCAAGAAGGCUUCCAUCAUAUUCUGUCUAUAAGAAACUAAGUUGCCGAGCCAGAUUAGGCACAUGGUGUGUGUGUGUUUUUCCAUUACAAGGAGUGCCCUUGUGUUUCAGUCUUUUGUGCAGAAUGACAAUGCAAAAGUGGCAGUUCCUUUUGAGGAUGUGUUCAUUUCUGCAAUUCUAUAAAUAUCAUCUCGGGCACUCAAAGGGAGGGUCUGGGCCAGCAGGAAAAGGCUCAGUUACAGCGAUGUCUUUGGCCAGACGGUGUCAUGGAGUCCUGAGGAAAAACUUUGUAACUAAAGAGUCUGGCAAACAUGGGGCUACUGGGGCUCACAGGAAACUAUUCAAGCAACCACUGGUGUGUGGGAUUUGUUGCAGCCCAGCCCUUAAUGCUGCAUGGUAAUGGGAUAAAAAUGUCAAACUGACAAAUGGUCGUAUGACUUUCACUGUUGAAAGCACUAGAAACAGAAGAAAAGACUAGAUAGGUGAGAAAAAGGGAGGGUGUGUUACACAGUGAAGAGUGGGGAUUCAUUAAUAUUCAUCACACAACAGUCAGACGCACAGUAAACACUGAAAAAUCUUUGGAAUUGAGCCUCUCAUCUUAGUGGACUUACCAAAAUAAGCCAUAGUCUAUUUAAAUGGUUACAACUAUUUUCUCCUUUGGAUGAAUGUCCUUAUUGCUUUUUAUUUCUUUUUUUCUUGUCUUCUGAACUGCACUUUAUUUAUUUUUUCUGAAUUGAAUUCUCUGCUGUCUAGCAAGCAUGCAGAUAAAAAUGUCAGCAUACAAAUUAAACACACUGGUUCAAAUCCAAUUUCCAAAAGCACAAGUUCUAAUGUUAUAAAGUAACAUUUUUUUCUUUCUAAGCACAAUAUGCCACACAAGAGGUUUAAGCCAAAUACAGACACAUAAUUCUUUUUUUUUUCCAAAUCUUCCCCCUUCUUCAGGGAACAAAUCACCUCUGUUCAGCUCACACAGGUCUGUAUGCUGCCCUUACUGUGUCUGGGGAAAUGUUUGUUUUGUAAAGUUUCAUACUUUGUACCAGUUGACUUUGUAGAAUAUUAUCUUUGUGAUUUCCUGUUGUUCAACGCAUGUAGCGCUAUUAAAAAACUUUGUCACACUGAACUUGUAGAUAUCAUCUAAGGAGCUAUAGGAAAAAAAAAUGUCUAUGAUGAGCAAUUUUGAAGCAAUUUUACUGACUGAUGCUUAAUAAAAGACAAUACUCCAGAGUUGGUCCAGUGGGAUUCACUUUUAUCAACUGAAAUGAGUUUUUGUGCAACCACUGAAUACAUAAUAACGGGACUGUGAUACAUGAGAGCAAGCUGGUGAGAUUGUGCAAUGACUGAGCUGGUGCUAGAGACGACACCUUAGACAACAGCAUCCUCCAGUGGUAUGUUCUGUAUUAAACAAGUGUCAGGAUAAAUACCAAAGGUAACUACUUAAAAUGACACAUUUUGGCUCAUUAAACAUUGACAUUGACCUGUGACCGUUAGCCUACUUUGUUAUACUGUGUCCUACUAUAAAAGUUAUUACAUUUCGGUCAGUUACCCAUUUUGGGUCCCUGUUAUUUUAAGGGUUGUAAUGAUGCAAUGUUACAAUCAAUAUCAGUCCGAUUCUCUUGCAGAGCAGCCGUCACAUUCCCACUUGUUAUGUUACAUUACAUCAUGGAUGGCUACACCGUGACCACUGUUUUGAAGAGGAUUACAUCACAGUCAAUGCCAGUCACAACUUCAGGCUUUUCCCAAGACACAAACCAUCUUAACUUCCAUAAAAUGCAGCAAAAAACUUGACAAAACCACUAAAGCCUGCGUCACAAGUACAGUAAGAUGUUUCAAAACAACAAA